AUGUUUUUGGUUUCAGUGGAAUCUAGUGACUGGGAUAUCAUAAGCGAGGCCGCCCGUUGUGGUGAUGUACUCGGCUUACUUCGAUCCAUUGCUGGUGGUGCCGAUAUCAAUUCUUCUCGCAACGGUACUACAGCAUUACACAUUGCCACGAAGAAUGGCCAGACGGCUGCCGUUGAGUUUUUGUUGUUAAAUGGCGCAAAGAUCAACGUUCUCGAUGACAAGAUGAACACACCUCUUCAUUUAGCUGCUGCAAAAGGAAACACUUUGUGA